AUGAAACUUGCUCUUCAGCAUUAUUUCCCUUUUGAGUAUCUAUUGCCUCUUUCAAGAGCUAUCCCAAGGGCUUACGGGAUAGUGUGGAAAGCGGUGAACAAGAAGACAAAAGAGACUGUGGCCUUGAAGAAAAUUUUUGACGCGUUUCGAAAUCAAACCGAUGCACAGCGAACGUUUCGUGAAAUUUCAUUUCUGCAAGAUUUUGGCGAGCAUCCGAACAUUAUCAGUCUGUACAAUGUGAUUCGUGCGAAUACCGACAAGGAUAUUUAUUUGGUGUUCGAAUAUAUGGAAACCGACCUGCAUAAUGUCAUCAAAAAGGGCAACAUAUUACGUGAUGUGCAUAAACAGUAUAUAAUGUAUCAGCUGCUGAAGGCCACGGCGUAUUUGCACUCAGCUGAUGUGAUUCAUCGUGAUCAAAAACCAUCAAAUGUUUUACUGGACUGCGAUUGCUUUGUCAAACUGUGCGAUUUCGGUUUGGCGCGUUCUUUGAUCGGUCGUGAGAAAUGUCAAAAUGGCGGAUCAAUUCACUGUAAACCAUCCGUACNNNUGCUCUGUGGCAGUCCACUGUUUCCGGGGACUUCCACGCUGGAUCAGAUUGAACGAAUCAUGGCCGGUUUGCCCAGACCUAGUCGUGAAGGUAAAGUAAACGACAACACAGACUAUAGGUUCCGAAGCCCAAAAACAUGCAUCAAACUUCACAAAGGAGAAAUGAAAAAAAUUAAAGGGAAACUGAUUCAUCGUCCGUUGGUCAGUCAAUGGACCCGUAAACAACGUCGACCAUUAGAUCAGCUGAUGCCUAGUGCUGACAAACUUGCCCUGGACCUGAUGACCAGAAUGCUUCAUUUCAAUCCACACAAAAGAAUCACAGCCAUGGAAGCAUUAAAGCACCCUUAUGUUCGUCGGUUUUACUGCCCUGGUGAGGUCAUUCUCAUGUCACAUCAUGUUGUCCCUCCGCUUGAUGACAAUGUGCAACUGAGUGUCUCAGAAUACCGCAACCGGCUCUAUCAAGUACGUUUCCCGCAGUUUCUGGAUGAUUGUUUGUUUGAAGUUCAGGUCUGUCCCUAUCAUUAG